AUGAGCUUCAUCGAUAUUCAUGAUGCCAGUAAAGUCGCUCAUCUGUCCAUUGGAGUGACCUUGAAAAAGAACGAGGAUAGUAUGCUGAGCCUUACCAUCGAUGCUGGCGGAUGCGCGGUCGUGUUCCAGUAUGGUCAACCCGAUGGAACCCAUCUGAAAAUAUCUGUAUGCAUGACCAGCAAGGACCCGGCUAAGAAGAGACCAGAUGGUGCGAUCGAGGGCGAGGUUGCAAUCACCGUCAACUUCAUGGUCCACUUGCCGUACGUUGGUGACCUCAUCGACUGGGAUGUUAACGCCAAGGUUAACUGCACUGCCGCCCUCAAGAACGACAUUACAGCAUACGGCGUUAUCGGCACUUCUGCAAGUGCUAAGGUCGCGUACGCCGCUGUGAGCCUCGACAUUACGGCCAACACUCUUGAUCAUGCGUACAACAAAUGGCACUUCGUGUCUGGUGUUGAUUUCCACGCUUGGGCGGGUGUGUGGAAACUCAAAAAGCAUUGGGACUAUCACUGGGCGCUGUACGAGGCCGGCCCUGUAACUAUAUAAAGUAGAACCCGGUGUCAAGAUAUUGAGAACUAAUGUUAAGAUAAUGUAUUUAGUAUCCAUAAUAUGGAUUCAUAUGAUAUCAUAUUUCUGUUAAAUAGCCUUCGUGGGUCUUAAUCAGCUCACACGAGUCCCGCACGAUGAUCAAUGUCAUUUCAUC